AUCUGUGCGUACGCGGUCGUGAUUGUUGUGAAGAUGGCGGAGGGGGAGACAGAGAAGGAAUAUGAUACACGGAAAGCUAUCGAGGAGCUCCGAGAGCGGUUCCAGGGUUUGACCACAGCUUUGAAAGAGAGUUCGCAGUCUUCGUUGGAAGCCACCUUGCAUUUCUGCCAGGAAUUUUGUCAGGUUCUUGUAGAACAUGCUGGUCGUUGGAAAACUGAUGAGGAUCCGCUGCCUUUGCUGGAGGUUUAUACUGUGGCCAUCCUCAGCUUCGCUAAAGCUGUCGCCUGUCUCUCCUCCGAAUGUGAAAAUGUGCCACUCCUACUUGAAAAGUUAGCACUGAGCUGUGCAGAGCUGCUGCUCUUACUGCCCCAGCAUGUUCCUGUUGCCUUAUGGGAGGAGUUUCAGUCCUCCAUGAAGUUGGCACACAACCUUCUGCAAGAAAGUGGGAGCACACAGCUCCACCUGCUCUGGAUUCUGGCACAGCAGGAUGGCGUCUGGGACAAUACUACAUUAAGCAGCAUCCUGUCCAAUCAAAUUCCACAAACCGAACAAGUCCACGAGUAUCUUGAAUUAGAGGGUCCCACGCUUCUCAACAUGCGAAUAAAGCACCUUAUCAAAUUGGACAGCAUUGAUAAAGCUGCUGUCCUUGCGAAGAUGUGCUCAGAAUAUCCAGGUUAUGAAGGAAAAGGGAACUUCAAACAGACCUACUUGCUUUGCGUUUGCAUGUCAAAAAAUCAGGAGCAACUGAUGGAAGAGAUUGCAUCAAUAGACUGCAAAGACGCUCUUGAAAUGAUCUGCAACUUGGAGUCAGAGGGAGAUGAGAAAGGAGCUCUCUGCUUGUGUACUGCCUUUCUCAAGCGACAGCUUCUCCAAGGAGAUGUUUAUUGUGCCUGGGAGCUCACUUUGUUCUGGAGUAAACUACUCAUGCGGUUGGAGUCAUCUGCAGAGUCAUUUCUCAGCCACAGCAAAGAGAUGACUCUUCUCUGUAGAAGUGUCUGUCACAUUCUGUUUCUCAUCAAAGUAAUUCAAAAUGAGGUUGGAGAGGUGGGGCUCCCAGUGUGUGUAGAAAUGUGCAUUCAGGCUCUGAAAAUGACCUCCAGUGACCAUAAAGACAGCAAGUCUACUAUCUGCAAGACUAUUUCCUGCCUCUUACCAACUGAUCUAGAGGUUAAGCGUGCAUGCCAGCUGACUGAAUUUCUCCUGCAGCCUACUGUUGACUCGUAUUAUGCUGUGGAGUCACUGUACAACGAACCAGACCAAAAACCUGAGGAGGACGGUAGUCUGCCUGUGCCCAAUUCUUUACGCUGCGAGUUACUGCUGGCCUUGAAGACACAGUGGCCUUUUGAUCCAGAGUUCUGGGACUGGAAAACACUGAAACGCAACUGCUUAGCGUUGAUGGGCGAGGAGGCAGCUAUUGUCUCAUCUAUUGACACACUCAAUGACACAGAUGAACAGGAGGUGGAAAGUGCACUUGGCAAACUCCCUGAAUACAGAGAUCUGGAGGAUUUCCUGCUAACCACUACAAAUGAACUCAAUGAAAUUACAGAUGAGAAAGAAAAAAACAGAGAGGCUAAAAAGCUUAGGGAGCAAGGUUUUGUGUCUGCACGGUUCAGAAAUUGGCGAGCCUACAUGCAGUAUUGUGUUUUGUGUGACAAGGAGUUCUUGGGUCACAGAAUUGUUCGCCACGCUCAGAAACAUUUCAAAGAUGGAGUAUAUCUUUGUCCAAUUUGUGCUGACAGUUUUGAAAGUAGGGAGGUUUUAGAACCACAUGUAGCAUCCCAUGUAAAGCAAUCAUGCAAAGAAAGACUAGCUGCAAUGAAAGCUGCAGGGAAAGUAACCAAACCAUUUCAGUCUCCUAAAAGUCCAUCAAAACUUUCAAAAGUUGCAGCGAAGACAAACAGUCCUGUAAAAGUUGAAUCUAUAAUUGGCAACCAAUUGGCAAUGCCCGUAAAGAUGGAGCAAACUACAUCAGACACACAGAUUAGUCAAGAUUGUUUCUGUCCUGUGAAAAACUGUUCAAAGUCUUUCAAAUUUUUCCGUAACCUCAUGGCUCAUGUAAGAUCUCACAAGGAUGACGAGGAGGCCAUGAGGUUUUUAGAAAUACAAAAACAGAAGGUGGUUUGCCAGUAUUGCAGGCGACAGUUUGUCAAUGUCAGACAUCUUAAUGAUCAUUUGCAGAUGCAUUGUGGCAGCAAACCAUAUAUCUGCAUACAGCUGGAUUGCAAGGCCAACUUUAAUUCCAAUUCAGAGCUUCUUAUGCAUAGAAAAACACACCCAGAAUUCAAGGCCCAGUGCAUGUUUCCAAACUGUGGCCAAGUUUUCAAUGAGGCCUACCUAUUGUAUGAUCAUGAGGCUCAACAUUACCUCACUUACACCUGCCAAACAGACAACUGUGGCAAGAUAUUCUAUUCACAGUCUGAAUUUUUGUCUCACCAAGAGCAUCAUAAUGCAAAUGUGCCCAUAAACAGUUUUAAUAUUAUGAAUCAACCUCCCCCUGUUAAUGCAGUUGUAGGACCACCACCUGAGAGCAUGCCAAGCGAAGAUGAUGCACAUUUUGCUGUUUUAAGCUUUGAAAGAAGUAGCACAGAUGCCUAUGUGAAGGAAGCAUCAAAGUCAAAUGUAUCACCAUGCAGAUCACCAGAGGUGGCUAAAGAGACUGUCUCCAUGAAAGUGAAACACUCUGUUGAAAAUAUGCUGAAUUUAGCAGCAGGCCCUGGGAUAAAAGAACCAGAGAAAUGCUACACUCCACUGACUAACCCCACUCCAGCACCUGCUGAUGGAAAUUUACCACCAGAGGCACCACAUAUGCACCAUAAUGUGACUCCACAAAGUGAUAUUCCUCCAGUGUAUCCUGUUCCUAGUGCUACAAAUCCUGGAGCAAGUCAACAGGACAACCUGCAUAAUAAUAUACAAGGCAAUGACUUUCAGAAAGUGGUACCAGAAAUAAUCUCUCCAAGUCAAAUCAAGACAGAAAUUCCUUGUUCGCUACAAGGAUAUCCUUCCAGCACACCUGCUGUUCCUGCAGGAAGUGAAGAGAACCUGCAUUGCUGCCCAUCUAACGACUGUUCAAGAGCAUACAGUACAAACAAAAGUUUGUCUAGGCAUGUAAAGAAGCAGCAUCCUGAAAUAUUUGAAGAUUGGAAAUUGGCAAAGAAAUACAACAAAGUGGCCAAAAUUACAGCAAAAAAGGGGAAUAGACCAUCAAAUCAGCCAGGCAUACUAUGCAACAAACCAGGAAUGCAGCAAAUGGAUUAUCAAAUGGGAUGCUCACCCUCACCAUCCCAGUGUUAUCCUGGAUCAAUGGAGCCUGUGCCUAUUACUCCUAUGGUCAAUCCCACACUGUAUCCUUCCUGGGGCUGCCCCAACAAUCCCAGUGCGAUGAUGCAGUCAGACAUGUCUCAGUCAUGGUCUCCAUCUUCUAUGAAUAACAGCUAUCCUGAUGCCUUUAACAUGAAUGAGUACCCCUCCCGCAGCUAUCCUCACUGGCAAGCAGACUCUUAUCCAACCACAUUGUCCCACCCUUCUGACAGAGAUCACUCAAUGGCAGCUAUACAUGGUCCGACUAUGCCACAUCCUCCUUCAGAUUCAAGUUUGAUGUCUCAGUAUGUGUCCAGUUCUCUAAUGCUUGACAAUGGGGGGCACAUGCAUAACGGAGGACAUCAGUAUGGACUUAUGCAUCCAGAUGGUACUGGAGACGGCGUAGACCGUAUAAGAAAAAACAGUCCAAGUAUGACAGGACAAAUGGAUAAUGGAAACAGUAUCUCAACAAUUGACAGCCUUCCUGAUGGAAGUUACCACACUCCAUAUGCUCCGAGUGAGAGCUCGUGUCUUACUCAGUGCUCAUCAGUUGAUAUGCCCAUGAAAUGUCUAAGCCCAGAGGCUCAAGUUCCAGUAAAAGCUACAAAUGAAAUUAUUAAAACAGAGAACGUACCAACCCCAGGUUAUGAACAGAUGGACAACUCUGUUGAUGGUAUGCUCAGUCCACACAGUGUCAUUCACACUGAUUUUCCUUAUGAUGAAGACGGUCCAGCUGCUGAAUGUGAAGCCAACCCCACAGAUGAAAAGGAACCUGACACACAGAAGGGAAAACGCAGCAGAUUGAGCAAGCGUACUAAAUGGCCAGCAAUCAUCAAAGAUGGCAAAGUUAUCUGCAGGAGAUGUUUCAGAGAGUUCACAAGCACCAAAUCUCUUGGAGGGCAUCUGUCUAAGCGCUCACAGUGCAGACCUCUGGAUGAAAUUGACCUUACAGCAGAUUUGCCAACAUCAUUCCUGGAUUUCCUCAAUGACCCUCAUGUCCCUGACGCUAAUGGUGCAUUGUACAACAUGCCAAAUGGAGAUUUCUCACGGGAAUCUUGCAGCUUGACCACUUUGACCUCACCUAUGGUGCUGAAACAGGAGCCACAGAAUACAAAUAUAACAGAACAUUCAAACUCCUUCUCAUUUCCCCCUGAAAACCAGCAAGAGAAAGCAACAGAGGUGGCUAAUCCUCCCCUUGCUGGACCUUAUCAAGAGGAUCACCUGAUGGAAAUGUCACAUGCCUUUCAAAGGCUGGAUUUGAUUGAGGCUGCACAAGAGAAGAUGCGGAACGCUAUGUCCUUAGAGCAAAAUGUCAGUCAUGGUGAGAAACCCACUGACACUGAAAAAACUAAAACACAGAGUAAAAACGAUGAGAAACCCCUUGAAAAGGUACCAAAGCCGUUUAAGUGUGACCAGGCUGACUGUGAGUUCUCAUUCAUGACAAAGGAGGCGUUAUUCAAACACUUGAGUAAAAUGCAUGAUUAUUCCAAUGAGAUGAUAGAAGAGCUCAAAAGAACUCCAUCCAAACUGUCUCCUUAUCCUUGUCAGAUUUGUCCAAAAACAUUCACAAGAACAACAGGAUUGAGAAUUCACUAUGAAAAAGUCCACAGAUUGUCAAAAGCAGAAAUGCAAAAGUUAAGAAUCAGUGCUCGAAACAGACGAGCAUUCAGACUUAACAAAGAUGUCACGUUCAAUAGUCGUACAGGCGUUGAAUCUACUGCAGGUUGCACAACACAACCAGUACUAGUAUUACCCGCUAUAAAGCAAGAACCCCUUGACAUUGUAAUCGCACCAGAACCAAGGAAUGAGAAAAAUCUAGAAGAUUCUGAAAUUGCAUCAGGAGAGGCAGCAAAACCUGCUUUGACACCUGAGGUAUCAACUGUUACACGACUGCCCUCACCUCAGAGCUAUUUGACUGAAAAGCCACUUGAGGAGGUGGCACCAGCGACUCCUGAAAGACCUCGGGAGCAGCCAAAACCACCUGUGGUAAACCAGAGUCCAGACGUGAAAGUUAAACCUAAUGUAAAAGAAAAACUAAGUCCUGCUGGAAAAGCAAAGGUGCAGCAAGAAAAAAUAGAUGUGUUGCAGAGUAAAGUAAAUGAACCACAGUCCUCUACUGCGUCUGCUUCAUCUUCCCCAGAGAAACCCAGCAGCUCCAAAAGCACACCGACAAAAGAGGAGAAGAAAGACAAAUUUCAGAAAAGGUUAAGCCUCAAAAUGUGCGACACAGAUAAUGCCUAUAGCCCGUACAGACCAUAUCGCUGUGUUCACGAAGGAUGCUCUGCAGCAUUUACGAUCCAGCACAAUUUGAUUCUCCAUUACAGGGCCAUGCAUCAGGCAUCGCUGCCCCCUAAUAAAGUUGAAACAGAAGCUGAACCUGAAAUAGAAAAGACAAGUGUCAGUAAUAAUACACAAGAGAUUAAUCAGAGCAAUCAGAGCAUAGAAAAAGAUAAUGAAGUCAGGUGUCAAGUAAAAAACUGUUCAAGGGUGUUCAUGGGAAUCACAAGGUUAGUGCAGCAUUACCUUUUACUUCACAAGUUCACCCGUGACAAAGCUACCGCCAUGAUGGCCAGCAUGACCAUAGGGACUUUUAACUGUGACCGGCCAGAGUGUGCUCUCCCCUUUGAGUCUGUGGAUAAGUACAUCGAGCACAUUAAGAAUUUCCACAAGGAAAUCGCCAUCUCUGAGAGCGGCUCAGUCGAUCCAACCUUCCGGUGCGAGUAUGACGGAUGCGACCGUGUGUACACUACAAAAUCCAACCUCCUCCGCCACCUGAUCAAAAAACAUAAUUAUGUUUAUGACCCCAAAGCAAGUGAUGGAAGAAGGACUAAAUCAGUUGGGCUCUUUCCAGGGGUUAACAAUGGGAAAGAGAAUGUAGAAAACAAAUUUAAAGUGAAAAAGAAGAACACUAAAAAGAAGGAUGGGAAGUCCAUUGAGCACUGGACUAGCUUUGGCAAACCUACGCUAAAAUCCCACGAAGAGGCAUCAGCCAUGUGCACCAAGAAGUUUCCUCUACAGUACCCAUGCAUGAUCAUAGGCUGUGAUGCAGUGGAGCGGGCGGAAAGAAGUAUUUUUAAGCAUUACACGACUCAUGGCCUCACAGAACGAUACAUUGAAGAUCAGAGGAGUCAGUUCAUUUUCUGCAAAAAAUAUUCACGCUCCAGAUUCAAAGAUACAAACAAAUCCGAGGGUGCAUCAAGUUCUUCUGAGGAGGAGGCAGAACCUGUGCUAGCUCCAGUGCCAGUGCCAGUGCUAGAGUCAGAGCUAGAGGCAGAGCCAGAGCUAGAGUUGGAGUUAGAGCUCGAGCCAGACCAAGGUGAAAAGCUCAGCGACCAGAAAACAGAGGAGCUGGAAAAAAUAAGCCAAGAGGACAGCAAGCUGUCUAAUGAUGAUAGUGCAGAAUCCCAAGCUUCCAAUGGUGCAGAUGGAGGAAUUAAACGAGGACGUCCCAGAAAACCGGCACAUCCCACACCAGCUUGUCCAGAGAGGAUGCAGACCCUUAGAAACCGCUCGACUGUUAACAGUUCAAGAGAGAACUCAAAUCCUGGUACCCCUACAGCCCAAGAGCAACGUGACGACGGGGUUACGUCUGGGUCUUUUAAGCCUUUAGGACUUGAGGACUCAUUCCUUAAGUUCUUAGAAACCUCAGAGUCAACAAACUCCUCAAAACGCAAAUUAAAUGAGAAAUCUAGCGCUGAAGUGCCGCCCAAAAGGCAACAAACUCAAAAACACAAAUCUGCAGUGAAAAGUAAAAUGACUGAAGAAAUUAGAGGCUGUGAGAAUCUUAUAGACUUCCGAAAUCCCCUGAAUCUCAACUCUGUGAGUAAUGUAAAAAUCGUCAUGGAUAAAACUUUGUCGGACCGUGCUGAUAUUCUGCUUAAGCAGUUACAAGAUAUGAAACCCAUAGUUAUAAUAAAAAAGUGGAUUUAUAGCGGAUCAUAGCCCAAUACUUGGUUUCUAACUCAAUCUUACUCAGGAUUUGAGAAGUUAUGCUGCAGAAUGGUUUAUUUCUUAAUGCUUCAGAUUUCCAUCUGUUAACAGUCAUGGUCACAGUUAAUGAUGAAAUGGCCUAUUUUGUACUUAUUGAACAAAUUGUCUCUGAUGAUUUUAAGUAUGUAUGUUAGUUAUAAUAAACAGGUAACCUAUAGGGCAUAGAUUUUAGAAACAUGUUUGUAUUUAUGCUUAGUACUAAAGAUGUUUUUUUUUUUUUUUUUGGCUAAAUGGAGACUUUUAAAGAAAACUAUGUUUUUAUAUAUCCCUAUGGGAUUUCAAGUUCUGUUUGUAUUUAUUUCAUCCUUUUUCAACACUAGUAGACCUAUCUGUAAUAUUUACAUGUCUUCCACAAAGUGUUCAAUAAAAUGUUACUGGUUCUUUUUGUAAAACAGA